AUGUUGUGUAAUGGAGCUACACCAUUAGAAGUUUUUAAAUAUAAUAAGGAUAAAGUUUUAUAUUCGAAUAGUUAUCCGAAUAUGGGUAAGAUAUAUAAAGAUUUGGAAAAUGAAAAAAUAGAAAAAAGAGGUGGUAGGUUUUGGCGUCCUGUAACGAUUUAUAUUUAUGGACCAGGUGGAUGUGGAAAGACAAGUUUUGUUAAAAAAUUAUUUGGAAAGGAAUUAUAUGAUAAACCAGAAAAGGGAAGAGGUACUAAUUGGUGGAAUGGAUAUAAAGGACAAGAAUUUAUUCUUUUGGAUGAAUUUUAUACUAAAAUUGAUUGGGGUAAUAUGGUAAAUUUAUUGAAUGAUGAACCUAUUACUGUUCAGGUAAAACAUGGUUUUGUACCUAUUAUAGCCAAGUAUAUUAUUUUAACGAGUACGAGACCACCUAUAGAAGCAUAUAAUUUCAAACCAAAAGAUAAUAGUGAUGAUGAUUGGAAUAAACGUGAUUUUAGACAAUUUGCGAGAAGAUUAGAUUAUGUUAUAGAAUUUACAGUAGGAUGUUGGGAUGAUAAUAUUGAAAAAAGAACUACGGAUAUUUCUUUUAAAACUACAGAUGUAGAAGGUGCAAAUUGGAGAUCUGAAAAAGAAUUUCGAUCGAUGGAAUGGCCAGUAAAGUAUAAUAAUGAUGAAUAUGAUAUUGAUGAGAUAGUGGAGAUGGGUGAGAUGUUUACUGAAGGAAUAGAGGAUGCUCCAUCGGGAAAAACUCGAAAAUGUUAUGAAUUAUUUGAUUCUAAAUAUAUUUCACACAAUACAGAAAAAAUAUUUUUAAGACCUAAAUAUCUUAAAGAAUACGGUAAAAAAGUUAUUAAUCAUAUGAUUCAUCCUAAAUUUACAAAAAUACCAAAAUCGUAUUUUAAUAAGUUUGAUAGUAGAUAUAUCAAAUUUGUAUAUCUUGAAACAGUAUUUUCUAUGGAUUAUUUUAAAAAGAAUGUAAUUAAUGAAAAUGUUGAUUAUAUCAUUAAAUUUAAUAGAAGAUAUGAUGAGAAUGGAAAAAUUAUAUCUGGAGAAAAUAAAAGGGAUUAUGAGUUUGAAAGGGGUGAUGAGAAUAGUUUAAAGGAAUUAAUUAGAAAAGAAUUUAGUAAUGAAUGA